CUUCCCUCCGGCCCUCCCCCACCUCCCCCUCCCGCGCCGAGACUCGCCGCCGCAGCCGCCGGAGUAGCCGCCGCCGGAGCAGCGCGCAGCCAUGGCCGAGAACCCCGGCUUGGAGAACCACCGCAUCAAGAGCUUUAAGAAUAAGGGCCGAGAUGUAGAGACAAUGCGAAGACACAGAAAUGAAGUGACAGUUGAACUGCGAAAGAACAAAAGAGAUGAACACUUACUGAAAAAAAGAAAUGUUCCCCAAGAAGAAAGUUUAGAAGAUUCAGAUGUUGAUGCUGAUUUUAAAGCACAAAAUGUAACACUAGAAGCUAUAUUGCAGAAUGCCACAAGUGAUAACCCAGUGGUCCAGUUGAGUGCUGUCCAGGCUGCAAGAAAGCUAUUAUCCAGUGACAGAAAUCCACCAAUUGAUGACCUAAUAAAAUCUGGGAUUUUACCAAUUCUAGUGAAAUGUCUAGAAAGGGAUGAUAAUCCUUCAUUACAGUUUGAAGCUGCGUGGGCAUUAACUAAUAUAGCAUCAGGAACUUCUGCACAGACUCAAGCUGUUGUACAGUCUAAUGCCGUACCUCUUUUUCUAAGACUUCUCCAUUCACCACAUCAGAAUGUUUGUGAACAAGCAGUAUGGGCUUUGGGAAACAUUAUAGGUGAUGGUCCUCAAUGUAGAGAUUAUGUCAUAUCACUGGGAGUUGUCAAACCUCUUCUGUCCUUCAUCAAUCCUUCCAUUCCCAUCACCUUCCUUCGGAACGUCACAUGGGUCAUUGUCAAUCUCUGCAGGAAUAAGGAUCCCCCACCGCCUAUGGAGACAGUUCAGGAGAUUUUGCCAGCAUUAUGUGUCCUCAUAUACCAUACGGACAUAAACAUUCUUGUGGAUACUGUUUGGGCACUGUCAUACCUGACAGAUGGAGGUAAUGAGCAGAUACAGAUGGUUAUUGAUUCAGGGGUUGUGCCAUUUCUUGUGCCCCUUCUGAGCCACCAGGAAGUGAAAGUUCAAACAGCAGCCCUCAGAGCGGUUGGCAACAUAGUGACAGGUACCGACGAGCAGACCCAGGUUGUUCUCAACUGCGAUGUCCUGUCACACUUCCCAAAUCUCUUAUCACACCCCAAAGAGAAGAUAAAUAAGGAAGCAGUGUGGUUCCUUUCCAACAUUACAGCAGGCAACCAGCAACAAGUUCAAGCUGUAAUAGAUGCAGGAUUAAUCCCUAUGAUUAUUCAUCAGCUUGCCAAGGGGGACUUUGGAACACAAAAAGAAGCUGCUUGGGCAAUUAGCAACUUAACUAUAAGUGGCAGAAAAGAUCAAGUUGAGUACCUUGUACAGCAGAAUGUAAUACCACCAUUCUGUAAUUUACUGUCAGUAAAAGAUUCUCAAGUUGUUCAGGUGGUUCUAGAUGGUCUGAAAAACAUUCUGAUAAUGGCUGGUGAUGAAGCAAGCACAAUAGCUGAAAUAAUAGAAGAAUGCGGAGGUUUGGAGAAAAUUGAAGUUUUACAGCAGCAUGAAAAUGAAGACAUAUAUAAAUUAGCAUUUGAAAUCAUAGAUCAGUAUUUCUCUGGUGAUGAUAUUGAUGAAGAUCCUAGCCUCAUUCCUGAAGCAACACAAGGAGGUACUUACAACUUUGACCCAACAGCCAACCUUCAAACAAAAGAAUUUAAUUUUUAAGUUCAAUUGAGUGCAGCAUCUUUCCCACAUUCAAUAUGAAGCACCACCAGAUGGCUACCAAAUGACAAGAACAACAAGUACAAAAGGCUCCAAAACAUACAUGCCUCUUUGUUUUGAUGCUUCUAAAGCAAGCCAUGUCUCAGUCACUUUGCAGUUGCCAAAAGUCACUAUCCACAUGGACUGUAAAUGCAUAUGCAUGAUUUCCUAAACUGUUUUAGAAUUCUCCUUAACAAUCUCAACUACCCUAUUUUUCCCUGUUCCCUGGUGCCACAUGCUGACAACCGCAGUCUUCAGUUUAGAAUAUUCUGUAGUGGUGGCAUGUCAGCUGCCCACUUGAUAUUCCUUUGGAAAAUGGUGCGCUAUGGAUCAAGACACUUUGGUAUGACACAUACACAUGUUGGAAGACUUUAAAGAGGUGCAGUCUGUUCUGAGCCUCCAUCAUUGUCCUCCACAAACAUAUUUUCAUACUCUUUAUGUGGAAGAAUAGAUUUUAAAGUACAAGCCAAAUGAUUUUCAUUGGUGGAACUGACACAAACAAAAAGUAACUUAAAAAAAAGAAACUUGGUUAUUGAUUAAACAGAUAAGUUUUAAAAAAACUGUACUUCAUCUACCAGUAAUUGAUGUGUUUAUUAUCUGCCUCAGAAGCCAGGGUUGGAGGAAGAACUUUAGCUAUGGAUGGUAAUGCUUUCGCCAUUAUACCUAAUUUUUGAGAACAGCAAGCCCUAUUUGACCACU